UAUGUUAGGCAGUUGAUGAGUUUGACACCCUCACGUAAAGUUCCAACUCCAAACUGCGUCUUCCCCUCCUCUCUAUGCUUUCUUCCUGCCCAGAUGAGCUUGUGUGAACGGUAUUUAAAACAGAGAGUGCACGGUGGAGCCUGGGUUCUUUCAUGGGGGCCAAGACAUUAGCAGAUACUAUUUUCACCUGAUCAUUGUUAAUUCAGGAACAGGUAUCAUGUACAGCCUCCCCGUGUCCCCAUCGACACAAGGACCUCUGUGAUGGACCCCACAUUCCAUUCCAUGCUGUUGCCCUUUCUUCCUUGUGGCAACAGCUCUUUUACCAAUUCCUUACCCAAGAACAUCUCACUGCAUCUCCUACCAGACUCAGAAAGUGUUGGCUGGCAGUCCAGAUGCUAGAGAAUAGCAAGACUCAACUAGGGCACUACCGGCAGAGAUGUGAAAAGGAGGGCCCCCUCUAUGAGACAUAUUAUCGCUUGACCCAGCAGUACCCAGUCAUCUUGCUCCUGCUGCUCAUUGUGCUAGCAGUAUGCUGCGCCCUCAUUAUCAUCACAUUUGCCACCGGUCGAACGUUUUCAGACAAUGUCGGUUUCCUAGUGACCAUCUUCUGUGCCCUUGGAAUAUUCAGUAUUCUCUUCAUCCCAGUAUGCAUUAAAAAAGUGGUGCAGAAAUGCAUGCAGAUAAUAGGUGUCGUCAUCUGGGGAUGCCUCGUCACCUUGGGUUAUGUAUUUAUCUUCACCAGUGGCCUUGUCAGUGCAUGGGACCAGAUCUACUGGACGCUGUUUGUGAUUAUCAGCUUAUACACCAUGCUCCCUUUGUCCAUGAAAUGGGCUAUAUUUUCUGGACUUAGCUGCUUUGUUGCACAUAUAAUCGUUUUGAGUGUCUAUGUGUCUACAGCACGUCAGCUUCCUGGAGGCGAUAUUGCUCUGCAGAUGAUAGCAGAUGCAGUUAUCUUGCUUUGUGGAAAUGUAAUAGGGGGUUAUCACAAGCGUGUGACAGAGAGUGCCUUAAAGGACACUUACCAUGAGGCUAUCAACUUCAUUCACUCUCGUCUUAAACUUGUGUCCCAAGAAAGGCAGCAGGAGCGCUUGCUACUCUCCAUUCUUCCUGCAUACAUUGCAACUGAAAUGAAGGCUGAGAUCAUAGAGAGACUGAAAGAUAAGAGGCCUCAACCAGAAAAUACCAACAAUUUUCAUAACUUGUAUAUCAAGAGACACAAGGAUGUAAGCAUUCUGUAUGCAGACAUUGUCGGCUUUACACUUCUUUCCAGUGAGUGCUCUCCCAAGGAGUUGGUUCUCAUGCUAAACGAGCUCUUCGGAAAGUUUGACCAAAUCGCAAAAGAUAAUGACUGUAUGCGCAUUAAGAUUCUAGGAGACUGUUACUACUGUGUGUCAGGCCUGCCUGAGUUCUUAACAAACCAUGCAAAAAACUGUGUUCAGAUGGGAUUAGACAUGUGCCAAGCUAUACGCAAGCUGCGGAAAGCCACUGGUGUUGAUAUCAACAUGCGUGUUGGUGUCCAUUCUGGAAAUGUGCUCUGUGGAGUAAUUGGCCUGCAGAAAUGGCAGUAUGAUGUGUGGUCACAUGAUGUAACACUAGCUAAUCACAUGGAGGCUGGAGGAGUACCAGGGAGAGUGCACAUCACAGAAGCCACUCUCUCCCAUUUAGAAAAUGAAUAUGAGGUGGAAGAAGCAACACUGGCACAGCAAGACCCCUAUCUGAAAGAGAAUAACAUAAAGACCUGUUUAGUAAUUGACCCCAGGGCAUGUGAUGGUGAGGCAGAAGAUCUACUGCCAUCAAAAUCCGCUGAAAUUCCUAAGAUGAGGGCAUCAGUUCGCAUGACUCGGUAUCUGGAAUCAUGGGGGGCUGAAAAGCCCUUUGCCCACCUCAGUCACCGUGAUAGCCUUGUGCCUGAACCCCACAGCAUCUCCCGAAAUAUGGAUCUUCCAAUGUCCUCAAUAUCACAUACCUGGAGCCAAGAAAAGUCUCGCUCUACAAGAGACACAAACGAAUCGUCGAAUGACAACAUUUUUCACAUAGUGGAAGAGCUGAACUCUCAGAGGCAGUGGAAGAAAUCAAAAGAUGUUAACCGUAUAACACUGUAUUUCAAUGAUAAAGCAGCUGAAAAAGAGUAUCGCCUCUCAGAUCUACCUUCAUUUAAGUAUUAUACUGCUUGCUGUUUCUUUAUCUUCACGUGUAACUUCAUUGUUCAGAUUCUGGUGUCCCACAGAAAUGCAGCUUUUGGAAUCUCGUACGGCAUUUCGUUCUUCUUCUUCUUGUUACUUCUCUUUAUGUGUUUUGCUGGACAUCUGGCCAGAUGCAUCCUUAAGGGUCCCCAGCUUCUUCAUUGGCUGCCAUCCCUUUCCAUUGCUCUGUCCAGUAGACCUUGGAUUAGGGUACCACUAGGAAUCUUCACUAUACUCAUUGUGCUGGUUAUGGCAGUGUUCAAUCUGUUUUUUCUACCAGAUAAUAACUGUCCACAGAACUCCUGGAAUUCUUCUCUGUCACCAGUUCCAGAACCUCAGAUGCUCUAUAGCCUUCCGUAUUAUAUGUACUGUUGCAUUCUGGGACUACUCGCCUGCUCUGCCUUUCUGCUUAUGAACUUUGAAGCCAAGUUAAUUCUGCUAAGCAUUGCUUUGGUGAUCUACAAUGUCAUCUUCUUGCAAACACACAGCUGGCUGUCUGACUGUUAUGUUAACUGGCUGUAUAUGAACCACAGCAGGCCUGGAAUCUUGAAGGAACCAAAGCUCAUGGGAAGCAUAUCCUUGUUCAUAUUCUUCUUCACCCUUGUAGCAUUAUCUAGACAGAAUGAGUACUACUGCCGUCUAGACUUCCUGUGGAAAAGGAAAUUUAGGUUGGAGCGUGAGCGGAUCGAAACCAUGGAGAACCUCAAUAGAGUUUUGCUUGAGAAUGUUUUGCCAGCAGAUGUAGCCCAGCAGUUUAUUGGGCAGAACCGUAGAAAUGAGGACCUGUAUUACCAGUCAUAUGACUGUGUCUGCGUCUUGUUUGCCUCCAUCCCUGACUUUAAGGAAUUUUACACAGAAUGUGAUGAGAAUCAUGAAGGCUUGGAAUGUCUAAGGCUGCUUAAUGAGAUCAUAGCAGACUUUGAUGAGCUGCUCUCAAAGCCAAAAUUUAGUAGUGUGGAAAAAAUUAAGACCAUUGGUAGUGCAUAUAUGGCAGCAACUGGACUUAACGCUACAUCAGGGCAAGAGAACCCACAGGAUGGAGACAGAAAUUACAAUCACAUUGGUAUCAUGGUCGAAUUUGCCAUUGCUUUAAUUGGAAAGCUGGAUCUAAUCAAUAAACACUCAUUUAAUAACUUCAAACUGAGAAUUGGCAUUAACCACGGUCCUGUGGUGGCUGGAGUGAUAGGAGCCCAAAAGCCACAGUAUGAUAUAUGGGGUAACACAGUAAAUGUAGCAAGUCGUAUGGACAGCACUGGUGUGUUGGGUAAAAUCCAGGUAACGGAAGAAACCACCAAAGUCCUAGAAAAGUUGGGAUAUAAAUGUGAACGACGAGGAGUUAUCAAGGUUAAGGGGAAAGGACAGCUCUGCACCUAUUUUGUAUCCACUGAUAUGGCACGAUCAGGUUCCUAGGGAAAUUUUUAAACUAGGCCUCUGAAAAUCAGUUUUAUGUUACCCUUUUAUAUAGGAACAAUGUGCCAAAAUUUUCACAUCAGCUAUAAGAAGCCAUAAGCCUUGGAGGAUCCCUGUCAGUAGCUGCAUUGCUAGAAUAUUCAAGACUAAAAGCCUUAUAGACUCCAACAUGCCAAGGCUUUUAGAAGAAGAAGAAAAGCAAUGGAGAGGAUUUGUGCUAGUGUCCAGGUUUGGCAUAAGACAAGGAAAAAACUGAAGAGUACUGACUGCAUAAACAUUAAGCCUUUUAUAAAGGUUUCACUUCCAAUAGGCAGUGAGAUUAUGACAGAGUUAGAAAGUACAGUAACGAGAAAACAAAAGCAAUAAAUAUAAAAAAAAAGUGUCAAGCGGAGAGUUGACCUGUCUGUAGUGUGACUGUGGAAGCAGUUAUGCAUUGCAAAGCAUGGAAGCUGUAAGUAGAAGGAUAAAAAUAUCUUGCUGCAGCAGAAAGAGGAAGUGAACCAGCCGGGACUCUCCCUUAUGUCAUUUACAGGAAAUGGAUGCCGUGCAUAUAACAUAAAGCCCUUUUCUAUACAGCGCUACAAUAUUGUAAUAUAUAUUUAUGUAUACAUGCCAAUUUUCACUCCCUUGUAUUUAUUCAUCACAAUAAAUUCUUGUUACUAAA